GGAUGUUAUCGUUCACUCGGAAGCUGCUGCGGAAAAAAUUACGAGAAAAAAACUGCGUCGGAUUGUGGAGAAACUGGAAGAAGGCGGUGAGCGGCUUUGGAGUGUUCCGGACGAAAGGGGGCGAGACGUCACCGAAAUGAGAUAUUUCGGAGUUCAAAUCAUCGAAAAAAGUAGAAGAGCAGAUCCUGCUGCUUCAGAAGGAGGUGCCUACAAUUUCCAUUUGAUUUUUCACCGUAUUUCUGCAAGCGGGCUCUUUCAAGUUGCGGAUACGGAAAAAGAAUCUUCGCCAGCUGUCGUGUGGCAGUGGGGUCCUAAUACCUACGACAGCAGUCUGAUUCCGAAUCGAAGUCUAGAUCCCAGUGGAAUACUACUGGGUGACAGAGUUCGCGUUUGCGUCGGGAGGACGCAUUUUACAAGGCAGCUGAAGAUAGCUUUGCCAAUACCACCGAAAGCGUUUUUACAACAACAAGAGGAAGACUAUUUCCCGCCGGCAUCGGUAUUGGGACACGUCACUGACGAAAGUUUCGAAGUCAAGCUCCAAAAUCAGCAAAACGGGGGACAAAGGGGCCUGGUUACAGCAGCUUCCAAUCUGAGUCUUUCCAAACUGAAUCUUUCCGAGAACCUGAUCAGGCGA